AGUUUGCAAUGAAUGAUGAUUAUGUUUUGCUCAGUGGAUUCUUGAGCAUUAUAGCAACCUGCUCUUUCACUGGUAUGAGCGUGUGAGCCUGCCUUCGUAUCAGCAGCUAAAAUCUCACUGUGAGAGGCCAGGUGAAGCAGCACUUGUGGAUAUAAGGAGAUUGGCUACUUAGCAACCCCUGAUCGGUCUUCUGUGAAAAAAGAAAGGAGCAGCAAGGGAGGAAGUCAGCUCUGGAGGCAUCAUGUUUUGGGCAAAUGGGAUGAGCAUCUGUGCCAGAUUUCUCAUGUGGCUUCUUCUCCUGUAUAUGUUCAUCAGGAAGGUAGUGCCUGAAGACAAUAUUAUUACAACCAAGCAAGGCAGAGUAAGAGGAACGAACCUGCAGGUACUGGGAGGGACUGUGACAGCCUUCCUUGGGAUACCUUAUGGAAAACCACCUGUUGGUAGACUGAGAUUUCAAAAACCAGAGCCUUUCGAGUCGUGGCCAGGUAUCUGGAAUGCCACUAAACACGCGAACUCCUGUUACCAGCUUAUAGAUACAACUUACCCUGGGUUUCCUGGAACAGAGAUGUGGAAUCCAAAAACUAACUUAAGUGAAGACUGUUUAUACCUUAAUGUAUGGAUUCCUUCUCCCAAGCCCAAGAAUGCAACUGUCAUGGUUUGGAUAUAUGGGGGUGCAUUUGAGACUGGGUCAACUUCCCUACCUGUCUAUGAUGGCAAGUUUCUAGCCAGAGUAGAAAGAGUCAUUGUAGUUUCCAUGAACUACAGAACUGGUGCGUUAGGAUUUUUGGCUUUGCCAGGAAACAAGGAAGUUCCUGGAAAUGCAGGUUUAUUUGAUCAAAGAUUGGCACUUCAGUGGGUUCAGGAAAACAUAGCAUCUUUUGGAGGCAACCCAAAAAGUGUGACUAUAUUCGGAGAGAGCGCUGGCUCAGCUUCUGUCAGCUACCAUAUCCUUUCUCCUAAAAGCCAUCCAUUAUUCACAAGAGCCAUCAUGCAAAGUGGGUCUGCAAAUGCCCCCUGGACUGCAGUUCCAGCGUCUGAAGCCAGAAGGAGAACAGUAGCUUUAGCUAAACAACUCCAGUGUCCCACCAGCGAUGAGACAGAGCUAAUUCUUUGCCUCCAAGACCAGGACCCCAAGGACAUAUUGGAGAAUGAAGUUUAUGUAGUAAAUUAUUUCUCUCUUUUACACAUUUAUUUUUGUCCAACUGUGGAUGGUGAUUUUUUAGUGGACAUGCCAGAAACAUUGGUUGAGAAUGGCAUUUUCAAGCAAACACAGAUUUUGGUUGGUGUUAACAAAGAUGAAGGAACGAGUUUUCUAGUAUAUGGAGUCCCUGGCUUCAGCAAGGACAGUGAUAGUUUGAUCAAUAAAACACAAUUUGAAGUAGCUUUAACUCUGUCCUUUCCACAAGCAAGCCAACUUGCUAUAGAAUCUAUCAUUUUUCAGUACACGGAUUGGGAAAAUGAGCAAAAACCAGAACAUUACCGCGAUGCCAUGGAUGACGUUAUUGGGGACUACCAUAUAAUAUGUCCUGUGAUGGAGUUUGCCAAAAAAAUUGCAGAAGUAGGGAACAACGUGUUCUUUUACUUCUUUGAACAUCGAUCCUCAAAACUCCCUUGGCCAGAGUGGAUGGGAGUAAUGCACGGUUAUGAGAUUGAAUUUGUGUUCGGAUUGCCUUUAGAAAGAAGAGUUAAUUACACCAAAGCUGAAGAAAUCUUGAGCCGGUCCAUGUUAAGAUAUUGGGCAAGUUUUGCAAAAACUGGAAAUCCAAAUGGGACCCUGAUUAAUGGAACAAGAUGGCCAGUCUUUACCAGUACUGAACAAAAAUAUUUGACAUUAAAUACUGAUGCUUCGGAGGUACUUACAAAACUACGUGCUCAGCAGUGUCGCUUCUGGAAUAUUUUUUUUCCCAAAGUACUGGAAAUGACAGGAAAUAUUGAUGAAGCAGAACGAGAGUGGAAAGCAGGAUUCCAUCGCUGGAACAAUUACAUGUCAGACUGGAAAAAUCAAUUUAAUGAUUACACCAGCAAGAAGGAAAGAUGUGCAGGCACUAAUUAAUAUAUUUACCCUAUCCAGUAUGUUCGUAUUACUGAUCAUCAAAGCAAGUAUAGUGGUAGUUAUCUGACGUGGCUAGCAUUGAAUACGUUAAGCAGAUUAAAAAGUAUUAUGGAUAUAAUUUUGAUUCCCCAGAUCUUUCAUUUAUAUUUUACCUCAUAUCUCAAUAAACAAUAUAAAACAUCCGUACUCCUUGAAGCUUCACUGCUUCAUUGUGUUAAAUAGGACUACAGAGAUUAAAGUCUGAAGAUUAAUGGUGUACAUAUUAUAAUCACUAGCUGCUUAAAUUCUCACUUCAAAGAUGCAGUGUAAUCUGUUAUAGAAAAAAAAAAAUGGAUGUUUUUAGCAGAAAUGGCAGUGUUUUAUAGUAUUGCUAUGCAAAACACAAUUGUUUUUGAUCUUUAACUGUGAUGCCACAGCACUUAGGCUUUGCUUCAGACACAAUUUAAUUGACAUAAAUAUAAAGAGAUUACAACUUUGCUGGACACGCCAAACAAUAUUUGCUUGUUAGACCAAAAAGUUAUAAGACAGACAUUAAAGCCUGAAUCACUGCUUUUUUUUUUUUUUAUGGUAAAAUCUGUAGGACAAAGCCAUAGUAGGAGAGUAUUCACGCUAUGUACUAAAUGCCUAAAUCACUCUGUGCAAGUCCAAUGGUGAAAGCAGCCAGAAAACCUGAGGUCUGUGCUUCUGCUAGCUUCACUUUUUUUUCAAGGAGUAAGAAAGCUCUAGUUUCUUUAAGUCAUAAACUCCGUUUUCAUUGUUUGGGUGCCUAAUGUCUUUGUCCUGUACAAGUCCCUGCAAUUAAGGUGAGCUAGCUAUGAAAAUCUUGUAUGCUGAGUUACCUUGCAGUUGAAGGAGAGGCCCACGUGUAUUGGAACACAGUGGACACAUUUUUAAGCCUGUAGAACACUGAUCCAAGUAUUUUCAAGCUCAUCAGAUGUCAGCCACUGAAGGUCUACUAAGGAAGGCCGAGAAGGACCUCACUGCAGAAGGACAUGGGGAUGUGUUCUUUGGCAUGGUCAAAUGAGCUCCAUUUGUCAUGCACGUAGGCAUCUCCUCAACUGCUUUCUACCCACUCGAGAUGAAUCUAUUAGAUGGUCCUAAAAAUACCCCUUGGAUUGCUCUUCCUCCUACUUUUCUGCUUCUGGGUGAGGUUGGAAGUUCUAUGCCUCAAAACACCUUAAAUAGCUGCCUUUUAGUGGCCCAUCUGGGAGGAAUAAAUGUCAAAAAUUUGAUAAACAUAAAGAGUAUGUAAAAUCAACAGCCCAUCUCAUAAAUAAAUUAUUCUGAAGCUUUCUGUAGAAGUAAUAGCCUUUCAGUGCAUCUAUUUUCUGUUCUAGUGAUUAUGAGCUCUUGGAAAAUUCCUUCUCAAAUUUAAUGUACUGACGAGAUCUAGAUAAGUAACAGAGGGUGGUCUCUUCAUGGCUGUCAGUCUGACCAGAUGGGUUCCACGUUACGUGAACAAAAAAAGUGCAGAAAAUCCAUCCUCUGCAACUGAAGAUAGCUUACCUUUUCAGUUAUUUCUAGGCUAUUUUAUAGAAAACCAUCUUUAACACAGAAUUUCAAAAGGCUUCAUCCUAAACAGUCAAAAAACUAGUCAUUUUUUGGCAGGCUGAUUAAAACCUACUUGUAUCUAGGAUUAAAAAAAAAAAACCUUUUUCACACAGCCCGUCACCUUUGUACCACAGGUAAUUAACUCACUACAUACAUUAGCAUAGUUACUGCCAUUAAUAAUAGCAUGGAGAGCUAUAUCACUGUGGCUAUUUACUGGAUAUCCUUUAUACCACUGAAAUGCCAUUAAGGGUAAACUUCCUUUCAUCACUGAGGUGGUGCUGGAUCUCUCCAUUUUACUUUUACGGUGUGCUUAAUAAAUAUGCUGGAUGCUACAAAGAGCCUUGAAAUAGCAUGCAAGUAUAUUUAGAAGCAGCAUUUGUCUGUCUUAAUAUCCUCUUUUUGGUUGUGUUUCACUAUCUGCCUAAUCACUCGUCUUUUGGGGAUAAAAGAAAGCUAAUUAAAAUGCUUAAAUAACCUUUGGGAAGGGCAGUCUAUAAAAUAUUUUGCUGUGAAGGUGUCUUCUGUAUGUGCUGUGAGUUAGUCUGGAUAAGGUCUCCUUGAAGACUAACGCUCUUUCUGGAGUAUUUCUACCAUGUCUGUGACAUGUUCUUAAAUAAAGGGAGGGAAGAAAGAAAAACAGUAAAAUAAAUCACUUUGAAGAGUCA